UCCAAUUCCACUUCAGUUUUGGCAAUAUAAAGAGCAGUCUUCCCUCACUGGGAGUCAAUUCAAAGCCAGCUUCCCAUCCAGACAGCAGCAUGUUCAAGAUUCUCAUCGUCGCCCUGGCCCUUUGCACGGCCGUCGUGCUGAGUGCUCCGGUGGACCACGUCACAUCCACCACCCAGCCACCGGUGGCCAUUCUCGAAUCAUCUCACGAAAAGCACGAGGAUGGAUCGUACAACUUCUCCUACCUCGGCGAGGACGGCACUCACAGGAUGGAGGAGGCUGUGGUCAGGAACCAGGGCACUGAGAACGAGUACCUGGAGAUCAGCGGCUCCUACUCAUACUUCGAUGCCAACGGGCAGGAGGUGACCGUCACCUACAAGGCCGAUGACCACGGAUUUGUGCCCGAGGGCGGAGCAAUCCUGCCCCAGAUUUCGCUGGCCGCCAAGCAGGUCAGCGAGCAGGUGCCCCAACCAGAUCUUGACUAUGCUAAGCCUCCUAAGGUCUAAUAAACGAGGCACUGAAAUGGAAUCUAA